AUGUCUACAAGCAACGCGGAAUGGAAGUCAAACAAUCGACGACCACAGUCGACAAUGGCCCUAGCAUUCUCAUCAGAUCUAGAUGAUGCUUUCAAAAUGUUUAGUAACGUCGAGGACAAUUUUGAAGAUCGGUCGCGUAACCUCAACAACAAGAAGCAAACUCUGACGACUCAAGAGCAAGAGCUUCAAGCACUGGAAAGUCGACUCCGGGAAACUGAGGACCAGCUCAAGAAACGGAGAUCGGUCAUUUUUGGAAAGAAGGUCUCAACAGGAUCUGAGCAAAAGAAGCCCUAA